AUGAACAGGAAAGACAGCAAGAGGAAAUCCCACCAGGAAUGCCCAGGGAAGACAGGGGGUCGGGGCCGGGCCCGCCAGGCCCGCCGCCACAAAACCUGCCCCAGCCCCCGGGAAAUCAGCAAGGUCAUGGCAUCCAUGGCCCUGGGCCGACUCUGCGAGGGCAGCUGCAGCGAGGAGGAGCUGCUGGAGCAGUGCAUCCGGUCCUUCGACUCUGCUGGAAGCCUGUGCCGCGGUGACCACCUCCUCAACAUGGUGCUGGCCAUGCACAGCUGGGUUCUACCUUCUGCCCGCCUCGCCACCCGCCUGCUGACCUUAUAUCCUCCAGGGCCCAAAAAGAGGGCAUACCAGGAGGCGUCAGGGAGCACACGGGAGCUGAGGCGGCUGCAGAUUUGCCACCUGGUCAGGUACUGGCUGACUCGGCACCCUGAAAUGCACCAGGAGCCCCAGUUGGAAGAGGCGAUAAGUCGUUUCUGGGCCACCGUGGUUCAGGAAGGCAAUUCAGCCCAGAGGAGCCUGGGGGACCCCUCCAACCUACUGAGUCCAGGUGGCCCAGGGCCCCCAGUGCCCAUGAGCAGCCCAGGCCUGGGCAAAAAGCGCAAAGUGUCCUUGCUUUUCGACCACCUGGAAACGGGGGAGCUGGCCCAGCACCUCACUUACCUGGAGUUCCGCUCCUUCCAGGCAAUCACGCCCCAGGACCUGCGGGACUACGUUCUGCAGGGCUCGGUGCCGGGCGGCUCGGCCCUGGAGGGCUCCGUGGGGCUCAGCAACAGCGUGUCCCGCUGGGUGCAGGUCAUGGUGCUGAGUCGGCCGGGGCCGGCACAGCGCGCGCAGGUGCUGGACAAGUUCAUCCAAGUGGCGCAGAAGCUGCACCAGCUGCGUAAUUUCAACACGCUGAUGGCCGUGACUGGGGGCCUAUGUCACAGCGCCAUCUCCAGACUCAAGGACUCCCAUGCACACCUGAGCCCUGACAGCACCAAGGCCCUGCUGGAGCUGACAGAACUUCUCGCCUCCCAUAACAACUAUGCCCGCUACCGCCGCACCUGGGCCAGUUGCACAGGCUUCCGGCUACCCGUUCUUGGGGUACACCUCAAAGACCUGGUGUCCCUGCAUGAGGCCCAACCCUACCGGCAGUCAGAUGGCCGCCUGCACCUCUCCAAGCUCAACAGCCUCUACCUCCGGCUGCAGGAGCUGGAGGCCCUCCAGAGGCAGCGGCCCCCGGGCAGUGCCAACCAGGACCUGCUGCAUCUGCUCAUGCUCUCCCUGGAUCUCUUCUACACCGAGGAUGAGAUCUACGAACUUUCUUACUCCCGAGAGCCCCGCUGUCCUAAGAACCUGCCACCCUCCCCCUUCAAAGAGCCCCUGGUGGUGGAGUGGGCCCCCGGCGUGACCCCCAAGCCCGACAGGAUCACACUGUGCCGCCACGUGGAGCAGUUGGUAGAGUCUGUGUUCAAGAACUACGACCCUGAAGGCCGAGGGACCAUCUCUCAGGAUGACUUUGAGCGACUCUCCGGCAACUUCCCUUUUGCCUGCCAUGGGCUUCACCCACCCACUCGCCAGAGGACCGGCUCUUUCAGUCGCACUGAACUGACCGAGUACCUGCUGAGGGCCAGCGCCAUCUGCUCCAAACUGGGCCUGGCCUCCCUGCACUCCUUCCACGAGGUCACCUUCCGCAAACCCACCUUCUGUGACAGCUGCAACGGCUUCCUCUGGGGAGUCACCAAGCAAGGCUACCGCUGUCGGGACUGUGGACUGUGCUGUCACAAGCAGUGCCGGGACCAGGUGAAAGCUGAGUGUAAGAGGCCAGUGGCCAAGGGAGAUGGGGGGACCCUGGCCGUGCCUAGCACCCCAACAGUUCCUCCUAUCAGCAGCCCCGGUAAAACCUCAGAUCUUUCCUACAUGCUGUCCAUGGAUCCAGAAACGGGAAACCACAUCUGCCAUGUUUGGACCCAGACAGAACCCCCACCUCCUGCCUGGGAACCAGAGCCGGACCCCCUCCCAGUGCCAGUCAUGGCACCCAUCCAGCCCUCCAAGCCCAGCUCCUAG